UGCGCCAAUGGAAUGGUGAGAUUUGAUGGCCCCGAAUACGCUGCCAAUCCUAUAUACUUAGGAUUUUUCAGUAGUCUCCCAAUUAUUGCACCUUAUUGGUCACAAGUUGACUUGCGUUUUCUCAACAAUAGCAAUUCGAACGUCACUUACAGACUAUAUCGAAAUAUUAAUGAAAAUACGGCUGUGUUUAAUACGAUAAGUAAUGAGGUAGAGACGAAUACGGAAAUUCAAAGCUACAGUGCUAAUUGGGUGCUGGUUGUGACUUGGGUGUGUCUUGCACCAAGGCAACCUGUGGACAAUAACUUUCCUGAGCGAAAUACAUUUCAACUUCUGCUGGCAGACGAUCUCUUUAACGGGGCUUUUACUUUAUUUAUUUACGAAUCUAUUACAUGGUCAAUUGGUGUGAACAGAGAUGAAUACACGAAUUUCAGAGGCGCUCCUGAUCUGCCAGUCAUAGGCUUUGAUUCUGGACGAAGAGAUAUCAUACGGUCGUUUCAAAAUUUUCGAACGUCUGGCACCAUUAAUGCUGACAGAGUGGGAGAUGAAAUGACAAUUUUGUAUGACCUAAGAUCACCAUUACCAAGAUCCAAUGCAGAAGAGUGCCAAAUUUGGGUGAAUCAACAGCUCGUAAGACCAACAAGACGAUCGUGCAGAAGCACUUGCGUACCAGAUCUUGAAACACUCUACCUGAGUCUCAACGGAGCUUUUUUUACCCUAUUUCGAAGGCGUAAAGGAAGUGGACCAACACCAAACUUUUGCAUAUAUAGUAAACCUACUGGAAACCCUGAGGAUGGAGCAGAUGAAUGUUGCUACCAGUACAAUGGACCGGCUGAAAAUUAUCCGCGUUUUUUUGAUUUUACUGCCAUUAGUUCGUUUAGUUCAUUUACCAUCAGUGAAAGUUCUGCAUUAGGCGCAGCCCCAGGUCGAUGGCAUGAAGUCCAUCCAAUAGAAAAUCUCACUGCAUAUAUACAGGAAGAGCAACGCUACUCUCAAUGUUGUGCCGAUACCGGCAGCACUCAAGAAUCGUGUGACCAGUUUUACAAAGUUCGACAAAUUUGCGUCGGGGAGAGCUUUGAGUUUGUCAGCACAUGGGCCAAUAACUUCGGCGAUCCCCAUUUUGUUACAUUGGAUCGUAAGAACUACACAUUUAAUGGUUGUGGAUGGUACACGUACUUCACAGGACAAAUUCCAGGCAACGAUGCAAGCUCUCUUGAAGUACAAGUUCGAACAACAAGAGUCGGCGACGCCAAUGCAACUGGUUUCACCGCAUUUGCAAUGAAAGAAGGAAAUUCACAAGUCAUUCAAGUAAAUUUGAACACCACAACAAAAGGACUUGAUGUUCGCGUUGGUGGCAUGCUAAUUCCUCUUCCCGGAGAGAAUGGGACAAUCAGAAAUGGCACAGCAAUAACAUUUUUUGAUAAUUUGCUUCAAAUUUCGACACCGCUUGAAAAUGGAGCACGAAUCAAUGUAGUGAACGGUUCCUUCUUCACCUUCGUCAUGCUAUUUCUAGAAGGUUAUAGAAACAAUUCGUUUGGUUUAUCGGGAAGAUGGAAUGGUAAUAUGACUGACGACUUUACACACAGAGAUAGAACAACAAUAACACCAAUAGACGCCAGAGAGGAAACAAUAUUUAGUGAUUUUGGUGAAAGUUGGAAAGUAAAUGAAAUGAGCCUACAAAGAAUUUAUAUGAACGUAGAUGAAGGCAUUGAUACUUUCAGUUGUCAAGAUUUCACUCCCGUAUUUUUCGACAAACUUUUGAACAACAGUGACAAUUUUACAAUGGAAGCUCGUGAAGCAUGUGGAAGUAAUACAGUUUGUCUGUUUGACGCCCUCGCUACACAAAACAUAGCUAUUGGUCAAUCGACACGAGACGAACAGCAAUUAACGGACAAUGUAAUUGCACAAGUUGAAAAUCGACCUCCUAUGUUUACAAGAAACAUUUCCUUGAUUACUGCAAAUCUAAAUGAGACAUUAAUAGAGACGCUAGUAGCCCAAGAUAUGGAUUCAAAUGACAUAUUAACUUUCGACGUUCCUAAUCUUCCAUCGGUAUCUAGCUUCAACGUCACUGGAAAUACUUUAACUUUCACAUGGACGGCCAACUCUACAGCAGUGGUUGAUCUAAAGUUUGUAGUGAGCGACAGCAGAAAUAGAACAGCGGUAUUAACUCCUAGAGUUCAAAUAUGCGCAUGCCAAAAUAAAAGCACGUGCGUCGUUCCUGAAGGGGCGGGAAAUGCUACCUUCGUAGUCAUGUCGUGCAAUUGCAACUUAGGCUACACCGGUCGGUUUUGCAAUGAAAUGGUAGAUUUUUGCAACGAAGGAGCCUCCCCACCCUGCAGUCCAUUGGUAACGUGCACUAACAUGCCAACUCAAGCCGAAUGUGGACCGUGUCCAACGGGAUAUUCCGGGAAUGGAGUAUUUUGUUUAGAUAUAGAUGAGUGCGCAAGAAAUACAUCGGGCUGCGAGCAAAUGUGUAUAAAUAAUUUGGCGUCCUUUCGUGUGGAUGUUCUCCAGGAUACACAAUUAGUGCAAACGGAAGAACUUGUAUAGUAGGUAAUGUAUAUG